AUGAGUUCUGAAGAAGAAGACUUUAACGACAUCUAUGGUGAAGAACAACCAACAAAUCCUUCAACUUCCAAGGAAGUUAAGGAUGGUGAAAAAUCUGAAAAUAAAGACACCAAAGGUGACAGUAAUCUUGAAGAGAAAUCCGAAGAGAAAGAUUCUAAGAAAGAAGAUGCUACCGAAAAGAAGGUAGAAGAUGCUUCCUCCUCUGAAAGCAAACCAGCCGACUCGACAUCUCAUCUUGAUCAAUUGGCUGCUUUACAAGCUCUAUCUUCCAAUAUCAGUCAGUUGGCACAACAGUCAACUAAACCAAAGGAAGCAGCAGAUUCAGCUUCUCCUGCUCCAGUAGUCAAUACUGCAGCACCAACCACACAACCACCACCAUGGGAGCAACUGCAGCAAACUGUGUCACAAUUCCAACAGCCAGGUCAACAACAACCACCUCAAAUGCCCCCAAUGGGCUACCCACCUCAAAAUAAUAACUCUCCAUACCCAAGUAAUAUUCCAGCUAAUGCUCCAUACCAACAACAGACUUCCCAACAAUCUCCACCUCCUCAAAAAGCUGAUUUAUCUAAGGAAUGUUGUAAACUAUUUAUUGGUGGGUUGAACUGGGAGACUACCGAAGACAAACUAAAGGACUAUUUCAGUAAAUAUGGUAACGUUGUUGAUUUAAAAAUCAUGAAGGAUAAUGCCACUGGUAGAUCAAGAGGUUUCGGUUUCCUAACAUUCGAGCUUUCAUCUAGUGUGGAUGAAGUUGUGAAAACUCAGCAUAUCUUAGACGGUAAAGUCAUUGAUCCAAAGAGGGCCAUCCCAAGGGAAGAACAAGAUAAAACAGGGAAGAUUUUUGUUGGAGGUAUUGGUCCAGAUGUUAGACCAAAGGAAUUUGAAGAAUUCUUUGCACAAUGGGGGACAAUUAUUGAUGCCCAAUUAAUGUUAGACAAGGAUACCGGGAGAUCAAGAGGUUUCGGGUUUAUCACUUAUGAUUCUUCAGAGGCUGUUGACAGAGUAUGCCAAAACAAAUAUAUUGACUUCAAAGGUAAACAAAUUGAAAUCAAGAGGGCGGCUCCAAGACAUAUGCAAAAGGGUGCUAAUAAUGGCCGUAAUCCAAGACAAUUCCAAAAUCAAAUGCAAGCACCACCACAAAUGUUUCAAAACCAAAUGAUGGCCGCUGCAACUUCAGGAAUGAACCAAAUGUAUGAUCCCCAAGCCAUGAAUGAUUAUUACCAAAAGAUGCAAGCAUAUUAUCAACAGGUUCAACAACAAACUGGUAUGGAUUACAGUCAAAUGUACCAACAACAGCAACAACAACAACAACAACAACCUCCAGUGCCUAUGCCAAUGCCAGUACCUGCUCCAUACAAUGUGCCUGCUGGUGGCUCUCCUCCAACAGCUACAUCAUCUGAUUCUGCUACCCCAACCGAUAAUGAUGACGAUAAUGGUCGUGGAAGCUACCGUGGGUACCGUAGUCGCACCUACAAUAAACGUGGUAAUGGUAAUAAUAAUGGUUAUCACCCUUACAACAGAUAA